AAGAGUUGAACAUUCGACAUUAAACAGACAGAGGCAGAGUGAAGACAGAAUAGAGCGUAAGAAAGGGAUUCAUAUCCAUCUCUUUCACAAUAAUUGUUUGUUUUAUUUGUAAAAAGGUCCGGGUUUUGAAAAUGGCAGGAGGGUCCAUGUUCAAGUUCCUCAAACCUAGGCUCCGUCCACAGCCAGCGGACAUCCAGUCCGCCGCCUUGUGGGGCGUCGCUGCCACCACCACCGCUCUUUGGGUCAUCCAGCCAUUUGAUUGGUUGAAGAAGACUUUUUUGGAGAAACCAAAGUCUGAGGAGAAGUGAAUUAUGGGUGUUCAAAAUCUUGCAACUCAUCGUGGUUUUGUCUAUCAGGUUGCUGAUGAGGGAAUUAUGGACUUGAAUAAUAAUGUAGUGUAAUUUUGUGGUUUAUUGUUAUGAGAAUGAGGGGGCCUCUUUGGCAUUAAUUCCUGGGAAAGGGAAACAUUGAAAGAACUUUGCACUUUUAAGUUGGUACUGUUAUCUCAUUUAAACUUGAGCUUCUUUCAUAAUACGCACAAUUUCUGAAUUCAUGCAUUCAUAAAAUUGUUGGUUGAGAUUUGUAUUGGGAUUUAAACCAAAAAGGUAUGCCAUUGGAUAUGAUCGGAAUUCAGACGCUUGUUUUAGCAACUCAUGAUCUUUUGAU